AAGGAGACUUCCAUGACUGACUUGAAAGAGAACGUUGAUAGAAGCGUACAUCUGAUGUUAGGAUACGAAUGAGCUCGGCCUAUUUUCUUGGAUUAAAUACACAAGGUGUGAUAAUUACACUCAGCGAGCAGGAAAACCAUCACGUUCUUGAAUAUUUUCGAUAGCUUUAGAUAUAUCUCAGUCUUACGAACAUGGCCGAAAUACUAGGAUUGGAUUUCAUCCACCCCCUGAAGCUCUUCGAUAUUGCCAAAAAAGAAAAGAGGCUCUUAUACACAUCGGCGCCUAUGGUGCGCUAUAGCAAGCUGGCCUUUCGUCAAACGGUUUAUGCUUAUGGCACAGACCUAUGCUGGACACCCAUGAUACUGGCCAAGGAGUUUAACAGGAACCACUUUGCCAGAGAUAGCGACUUCACAAUAUCCACCAACGGCCCCCAACCCCCAACAAUAGUCCAAUUUGGCGCCAACGUGCCACAAGAACUCGCCAGAGCCUCAUCUCUCGUGGCACCAUUCUGUAGCGGCGUGGACCUGAACUGCGGCUGCCCUCAGUCAUGGGCCUGUUCCGAGACUCUCGGGGCAGCUCUGAUGGAGAAGCGGGAACUGGUACGGGACAUGGUCGUCGAGACCCGGGAACAGCUCCGCCGAGAUGGCUGGGGUGUCGACAAGGAGAAGGACAUUGACAACCCGAAGGGGCGGAGUGUGAGCGUCAAGAUCAGAGUACACAAGGACCUCCGAAAAACAAUGGAUUUCAUCACCACCGUCCUCGGCCCCGACCAAGACCGGCACAUCGACUGGCUGACCAUCCACCCACGCACGCGGUCCACCCCCUCCAGCACGCCCAUCAACCUCGAAGCGCUCGAAAUCCUAACCUCCACCUUCGGCGACCGCGUGCCCAUCCUCCUAUCAGGCGACGUCUUCGCCCUCGGCACCCUCCCCUUCACCACCCCCUUACUCACCCCCACCCCCACCUUCACCAGCACCACCAGCACCACCGUCAGUACCACCACCACCUCCAAACCCCCCAACCCCCCCGACAUCCGCACCCUCACCCCCCUCCCCAAACUAGCCGGCCUAAUGUCCGCCCGCGCCCUGCUCGCCAACCCGGCCCUCUACGCAGGCCACGACGCCUGCCCGUGGUCGGCGGUCGAGACCUUCCUCACCAACACGGCGCGGGCGCCGCUCCCCUUCAAGCUGGUGCAGCACCAUCUCAGCGAGAUGUGCGGGCCGGGGAUGGGGGCCGACAAGCGCGCGCUUCUGACGCGCGGGGAGAGGGCGGGGUUGAUGGCGUGCGGGAAUAUGCUGGAUUUGGUGGAUUUUUUGGAGGAGAGGAGGGGGUUGAGGAGGGGUGGUGGUGGGACGGGGUAAAUGUACGGGGGUGACGAGGGUGGUUGCUGGGGGGGGUGAAUUAUAUAUCAUGUAGAUAUCGAGCGUGGCAUGCGUG